AUGUCUGACGCGUCUUCAAAACCAAAAAUCUCAGCAUCUCGCAGACUGUUUUUGAAGACCAAAAUGAUGAAGAAGGCCAUGGUGAUGCUAGAGAAUGACAAGCAAGUAAGACAAGAGGAACGUGAAAGAACCCUGACGGAGAGAGUUCCAGCACUCCAGCUGUCUGGAUUGUCUACACAGGAACUGCAGAAUCUUUGCAAAGAGCUACACCAGAAGAUCGACGCAGUUGAUGAGGAUCGUUAUGACAUUGCUUUAAAAGUGGGGAAAAAUGACAUAGAGUUGCGGGACCUGUCUCAGAAGAUCUACGAGUUGAAGGGCAAAAUGAAGAGACCAAACUUGAAGAGGGUUAGGGUGUCUGCGGACGCCAUGUUGGGAGCGCUGCUGGGUGCCAAAGUUAAAGAGUCUGUGGACUUCAAAGCCAACCUCAAGACUGUGAAGAAAGAGGAGGAGAAAAAAGAAGAAGUGACAGACUGGCGUAAGAACGUGGAUGCCAUGUCGGGUAUGGAGGGUAGAAUGAAGCUGUUUAACGCUGGCCAGUAG